UAGAUCUUACGUCAUGCUUUUGGCAUGUGGAAAAUGUUCCGCCUCACGUGCGUACGUCGUUUCCCGCGAAAUGUAAUGUUUGCUUUCCUUGAUCUCUGGGGAACACUACAAAGUUACUCAUUCCGAUAACUGAUAACUCAAAAGCACAAGCUAAACCAGGAUAGAGAUAUCUAUCUUCUUUGUUUUUCGCGAACCUUGAUUCGUAUCAAGAUGUUGUGCAGGGUGCAUUUUCCACAAGCUCCAGAUGGAAUCAUGGUGUCCGUUUCUCUCUCGAAAAACGCAACAGGACGCUGUCUUUUGGAGGAGGUGUGUCGCAAGCAUGAUUUAAGUGCCGAGGUCGACUAUUUUGGUCUGCGGUAUGUUCAAGCUGGGGAUGCGCGUUGGAUAAACCUGCGCAACUCACUCCGUGAACAGCUGAGCCCGGGUGUAUUAGGGUCAGCGUUGGAGCUCAGAGUGAAAUACUUCGUAAACUACAGCCAGUUGCUGCUGGAGGAAACUAGGAGGCAAUUUUUGCUGAAUGUAAAGUCCCACCUCGCAGAGGGGAAGUACCACGAGACUAUACCUAACACACCACGUGUCAUGGCUUUACUGCUGCGCUGUGAGUAUGGCGAGAAUGCUCUGACGUCAUCCAAGCAGCACGUGCUGAACACGUGGGCACAGGCGAAUGACGCCAGAGCCCUGGAAAGACUGCGCAUGGAGGAUGCGCUGAUGAAAGGGGUGUCCUCGCGUGAGGCGGAGCGUCUCUUGAUGCAGCUCGUAGAGGAAUCACCAUUACACGGCGCCGCGACCUUUCCCGCCAUCAGCAGCAUCGGUGAGGAGGUGGUAGUGGCGGUGUGUCGAGACGGGGUCAGGAUGUAUGGACAAGGAAUGGCGAUGAUAGACGAACAUCUGUUCUCUGACGCAUUCUGCGCGUCGCUGAAGGGCAAGCAGUACACUCUAGAGAUCGGCGAGAGUUUCCAUGGCUACAAAGUGACGUUCAAGCUCCCCACCAAUGAGAGCGCAAGAAAUAUCUAUCAUGCGACUGUCGAGAUGUACUCGUUCUUUUACCUAGAUAGCGUUGGAGACUGGGUCCUACAUGCCACGAGGAAGCGAAGCCGCCUCGACAGCCUCUCUAACCUGAUACAGUCGCCCAAGGCCUCCCCGGCCAACCCUCGGUAUGUGUUUGACGUGGAGAGGACAGAAAACGAAGUUUACGAGCUAGCCUGGCGGGCCAUCGCGGAGCAGAAAGCUGCUCAAUUACAGAGCGAAUUAAGACCAUCUCUGCCGCCUGCCUUACCAAAAACCCCGCGAGCGCUUGGACAAGUUUUCCAGUUCAGCUCGCCCUCCACGCCGCUGACCGCAAAGAACCGGCUCCUCGAGGCGACGCGCAUGCGCCUGGCGAGCGGGUACUUAACACGUGACCGGCUCAUGACCAAUCAGACAUUCAAUGGCUUCUUCUCGACAGUCUCCUGCAUGAACCCGAAGCAAGACCUGUCGCUUUCCGCCAACUCGGAACAGUCGGAAUCGAACAAGAACGUGUUCUCGGGCUUACAGGAGUUUUCAAGAACUGCAAGUGAGUUAAGGGAGAUGUACUCAGUUAAAAAGCAAAAGCAGACGCUGAAAAGCGCGAUGUGUUGUAAAGUGUGCGAGAAGCGGUGGAAGAACUCUACUUACUUACCCUGUUUGCACACGGAAGCGUGUAUAGAGUGCGCGCUGAAGAGCAUGACGUGUGGAGUAUGUGACACCGUGGUCACCCGUGUCACGCGUAACAGCUUCCCGUGAUCAUGUUAUUGUAGGAGUAGCAUCUACGAAGUGUGUGACACCUAGGUCACGCCCGUCAGGCGUAACAGCUUUCCGUGAUCAUGGUACACAUUGUAGGAGUGGCAUCUAUGUAGUGUAAGACGUCACGCACGUACUUUAACUGUCACACAAGUCACGUAGUAUGUGAAAGCUCUCGCUGUGUUUGCAUUUGACUCGUUAAGGGAUUAUUCAUCUGAAGUUCUUACCAAGAAAAGCAAGAAUCAUUCUAUAAUCUACAAAAUUAGUCAGGACUGGCCUCGAGAGCUUGUCGGUAUGAAAUAUGAUCUUGACUGACUGGACAGACAUCGAGACAUUUGUUCGUCCCGCUAUUCUAACUCCGCCCUCUCUUUUAAGCCUCUAGAAACCAGGCCUCCACUCGUUUCACAAUUUGCAAAUAAUAUUACAAGUAGCAUAACCCAAACGAUAAUAAUCAAAGUACAAGUUUAUUUAUUUAGCUCACAUUUUACUGUUAUUCAAACAUAUACUUAGUAUUAAUUUAAGAUUCUAUUUAGCUUUUAAAAUAUCAGUAGGAAAUAAAGUUCUAUGCAAGGA